UACGUAUCGCUACAACUGUAGCUGUAGUCAUUGGCCUUUUUGUCAUCUGCUGGACACUAUUUUUCGCCAUCAAUUUUGCGUAUUCAGUUUGUGGCAACCUAAUGUUCAAAACAGCUGGAUGCAAAGGCCUCAUGGUAUUACCACCAAUGAUUCUAAAGAUCAAUAAAUGGUUACAAUAUGGGAAUUCCGUUUGUAACCCCAUAAUUUAUGGUCUACGCAAUAAGGACUUCCGACGAGCGUUCCGGAAAAUUUUACUUAGCCUUUGCUGCAAAAAAGUGCCGAUAUCAGACUACAGUAAGAGCGCGUAUGGACGCACGAUGCGAAGCACUUAUCUUCAGCGCGACUCAAGCAUUGAAAAUUCUCGAUCUGUCAUCAUACCACCGCACAUGCCCGGCUCGGGAAUGUUUGAUACGAGGGGAAGCUACCGUAAAGCGAUUCAGAGUGGUCGCACCAAACCUAUCAAGCUCAAAUUCACAAAGAAGACUCUAACGGAUGGUUUGUUGUCGUUAAACGUGGAUGCAUUCCACAGCCUUUCUUCGGGCGACUUAAAUUUGUCUGGCAGUCUUUUGAGUUCUCCGCCAAGUUCCCCAGCAGAGCUUUGGAACCCUCCCUUCGAAAACGAUCAGACGGAAAAUGGCAUCCUUCCCGUUGAUCAAGCCAUGCCAGAACAGGGCUUCAAUGAGAAGCUGUCAGAGUCGAAUCAUGCUUUAAAUAAAAGUGCUCCAAACGUUACUCUACAGAACAGAAAAAGCCGCGUUCAUUUUACACCUUCGGACAGUGAAGAAAAGGACGUGGUCGAAAAUCAGACAGUGUCUACCCUGGCACCUUUCGAGAGACAACGUUCUCUCUCGGAAAUAUUCAUUCGACCCAAUGGUGAAACGGACAGUCUUAAGCAAAAAUUACGGUCGUCGUUUUCUUAGUAAGGCUAUCAAAUUUGGCGUUAAGAAGCAUUUUUGUGCCGGCAAACCAACUGGCGUUGAUUUAAGCUGGUGAUUGGCAACAAAUUCAGCGGCAAUUACAGCUGGCGCCGCUGGAACUGAAGAAUAGUUAAAGUAAGUCUCGGUCUUUUUUCCUGAAUAUAUUUACUAAUACCGAGUGUAAUCAUCAGUUUUCGGAUGUAAAUUUAAAAGGAGUCAGUUCAGGUUUAGCUGAGGACGGUUUCCUG